AUGUUGAUGCUGAUGGCAGAAAGCUUAGCCAGCAUUUUCCAGCUCCUUUUCCAUCUCCUUCUCCUUCCCCUGGGGAUCAAGACUGAUGCCCAGACCGAGCCAGCUUUUCUAAUCGCUCUGUUAGCAUCACUGGCGAUCAAAUCAGCCAAUUCAGAGACUGAUGCUGUGGACGCUGGCUGGAUCGGCUUCUGGUCCAUAGUUGGAGGCUGUGUGUUUGGUGUGGCCAGGGCCAGGUUUGCUGACUAUAUUCGCGGAAUGCUGAAGCUGAUUUUGGUGCUGAUGUUUGCCGGCGCAUCCUUGGCGGCCACCUGGUUCACGCUCACCUGCCUGACCAGGCUCACUCACCUGCCCUCCACUAAAGCAACAUUGUACACCUCCUGCAUCCUGGUAGGCAUCUUCAUCAACAGCAGUAUUCCCAUCUUCUUGGAGCUGUUCAUUGAGACGGUUUACCCUGUACCCGAGGGCAUCACCUGCGGGGUGGUCACUUUCCUCAGCAAUCUCUUCACUGGACUUCUGCUGUUUUGCCUCACCUUUUACUUCACAGAGCUGUCCUGGUUGAACUGGUGUCUGACAGGAUCCUGCAUCUUCAGUCUCCUGCUCCUCCUCCUCUUCAGGGAAUCAUACGACCGCCUCUAUUUGGAUGUCUUUGUCUCUGUCUGAGCAUCGAAAAAGGGUUUUUUUUCCCAAGAAGAAGAAAACUGAAGUGCUUGUUUCUUUUAUGGGCACUAUAUUCCAGCAGAGUGCAGAGAAAGGGCACACAGCUUGAUGCUCACUUUUAUGGAUCUGUUUUUUUUGUUUUUUUUUUGAAAGAUGUAAUUGUGAAAUAUACGACCAGCAGUGGUGGCAGUGCGUUGUGUUAGCAUCAUAACUUAACAGUGGGAACCUGAGACGUAACUAAAGAAGAUAGACAUAUAGAUAUUGACUUUUCUACUUGACCUUCUGGAUGCAUCCCUUUUUCUCUUUUUUACUUUUUAUUAUUAGCAUUUUUUAAAAGUGAUCUGUGGAACUUUUGUGUUUACAUAAUGGCACAAAAUAAGGGACUUCCAUUGCAUAGAGAGACAGGCACAAUUUGCAGUGAUGGCGACUCAAGUGCUCUCACCACAUCUAAUGGGAGCGUUAUGGAUAAUUAUAGACAAGCUCAAUUAGCUGUCUGGCGGGAGCCGUGGCCGUCUGCAGACCGGGGACCUCUUAGGGCUGUAGUGUCACUUGUGAACAGCCUGUGGGAUCCAAGCUUUAAUUGACCUGUGAUAGGUCUGUCAAUAAGUGGCAUGUGCCGUGCUCCUCCAGUCUUCUCGUUUUCCUUGUCAACCCAUAUUAUGCAAAGGAUAAUUCACUCGUGGCUGUGAAAAGUUUUCCCAAGGUGUCUAGAGUCAUCGUUUACAUGACGAAGGAUCUGUUUUAUUAAACAUUCGUCGUCUUCUCGUGUGACGGCCUGGUUUGUAGCUGUAGCAUGCGCACAUUGGGUGAGCCUUUUACCCGUUUUAUAGACUUUUAUGCAAGCGAUCAUGUUUUAAAUGUGAUUUAAUAACUAAUUUUAGGGAUUAAUACACUAAUGUUGUCAAAAAGGGAUUGUUGUUGUUAAUUUAUGUUUGAUUACUGUUGCAGAAGAGCGCUUAAACGUGGACUUGCUGGACUGAUACAACACUAUUCGCCAGCAAUAAAGAGCCAUGUUCGGUAGCCUUUCGUGACUUGUGGCGUAACCUCAUGCAACGUCGAGUGCAAUACUCCCUCUCCCCGCUGCACAAAUGAACCCACCGGCGUGUUUUUUUUCCCCCUGCAUUUCUACCAUAAAAAUGGAGCCCAUCUGGACUGCAUUACUUACAUGCGACUCUGCUGUGAAAAGCAAAAUUUGGCAGCUUGAGAUGUAAACAAAUCUCAGACUGCUGUUGGAUUUAGCGGUGAUUUGAUUGACGGUUAUCGUUGGAAAUCAGAAGCUUAAUGUUGGACGCAGGUGGUUCUGUUCUCCUGCAUGCAAAUCACUUUUGUCUCUGUACAGAACGGCUUUCUCUUUUUAGCUGUGGUUAACAUUCGUUGCCUUAAUUAACAGUGACCUUUGUUGUGUCCUCCUGUUCACUGUGAUGUGCUUGUGCCCUGUUCUGUCACUGUAAUGUUAACGUUGAGUGGCACUGCAGGGGAAACUUGGCCCUGUCCGUGUGUGAAUACAUGUCAAAGAUUUUUAGCACCUUAUUAAAAAAUAUGUUUUUAAAAGCAA